AAUAAUUUAUUUCCCACGUGUCAUUAGCGAGAGGGGUUACUUGAGAUGAGAUGGUGAGCUCGAGAUGAAGCAGAACCUCAAGCUUUCGGCUUGCAAUAUUAAUUCGAUGAAACCCACUGAAUCUCAACCUCACAUCGAUUUUGCUGCUUCUGAUUUUGACCCCCUCCUUGGGACCUACUUCGAACCAGCAAUUGGAACGCCUAUCUAAUUCAUCUUGGCGUUUUGUUCAUCACAAGCACAAGCCCACGCACGUUUAUAAACCCCCCCAUUUUUAUGCACUGUGAUGUUCCCUCAUUGCAAGGAUCCGUGAUUAGGUUCGUUGGUUUCCCAGUUUCCCCAUUUGGGCGUGUUUUCAAUUUCCAUUUCCCACCGACUCGCUUGUUUUACCGGAAGAAUCGGAGUGUAUUUUCGUUGAGGCAAAUAGUCGAACACUUUCAAUGGCGUCCAUGAAAUCCUAUUCCUUCCCCACAGGAGUGGACAGUUCCAUACUCGUUCGCGGCGCGAAUCGUCACCGGCCAUUGAUUUCUAUACUAGCCUACAGGCAGAGGAAAGUUGGGGAUUGUAAUUCACCUGGGUUUUCGAGUAAUUCGACCGUGGAUCUUCUUAGCAGAGUGUCACUGUGCAGUGGAUGCGGCGGCAGACGGCGGAGGUGGGCCAACCAGGGUGUAAAGGCUGCGGCGGCUGGAGGCCGGGCAGACGAGACGGAUGAUGAGGUGGAGGAUAGUUUGCAGGCGACAAUUGAGAAGAGCAAGAAGGUUCUUGCCAUACAAAGCGACCUUUUGAAACAGAUUGCUGAAAGGAAAAAAUUGGUUUCAUCAAUUAAAAAUGCCUCGAUUGACCCUGAAGGCGGCGAACAGCUUUAUAAGGAGAGUAACGUCACUAUUUCCAGUGAUGAAGCUUCUGCUGAAAGUGAAGAUGCAUCAGAACUUGGAAAUGAUCUUCCUGGUAAACAACUCAAAGCCUCUAGUUCCAGUCUUGAUCCUGUUGCAAAAACUGAAGAACGUGGAAAAGGCCUUCCUGUUAAUGGAGCUUCAUUCGAUGCUAGUUCUGCAAAACAGUCGAAUGCCAAUAGUUCUUGGGCUGUUCAAUCAAAGAAAGUACCAUAUUUGCCAUGGCAAUCCCCCGCAGCGCCUGCACCAGAGCCUUCUUCAAGUAAUAAUUUUUACAAUGAGUCAAAAUUUAGUACAGAGGUGAUAGCGUCUAGUACAGAGAUGUCCACUGAAGAAGAUUCAGAUGGAAAGUGGAAGGAUACUACUAUAAAAACAUCGACUGUACUUGAUAAACCAUCUAGCAAACAAGAGGAGCAACAUGAGGAUUCAUGGGAAUCGAUUCCCGAGGAUGGAAAUGUCGAAGCUGAGGAUCCCACAGAUGAAGAUGUCAAGCCUGCUCCACUGGCUGGGGCCAACGUAAUGAAUGUAAUUAUUGUUGCUGCAGAAUGUGCUCCAUGGGUCAAGACAGGUGGGCUUGGAGAUGUCGCUGGAUCUUUACCUAAGGCUUUGGCUAGGCGUGGACACAGAGUCAUGGUUGUUGUACCUCGCUAUGGCGAUUAUGUGGAAGCUCAAGAUUCAGGUGUUAGGAAGAGAUAUAAAGUGGAUGGUCAGGAUUUUGAAGUUAAUUACUUCCACGCCUACCUUGAUGGUGUAGAUUUCGUUUUUAUUGAUGCUCCCCUCUUUCGGCAUAUUGAGAAUAAUAUAUAUGGAGGAAAUCGUAUGGAUAUUCUGAAGCGCAUGGUGUUGUUCUGCAAAGCUGCUGUCGAGGUUCCGUGGCAUGUUCCCUGCGGCGGAGUUUGCUAUGGAGAUGGAAAUUUGGCAUUCAUUGCAAACGACUGGCACACUGCCUUGUUGCCCGUCUAUCUUAAGGCAUACUAUAGGGACAACGGCUUAAUGCAAUAUGCGAGAUCCGUUCUUGUGAUUCAUAACAUAGCUCAUCAGGGUCGUGGUCCUGUCAAUGAUUUCUCAAUCGUGGAUCUUCCACCUCAGUAUCUCGAUCUAUUCAAAUUAUAUGAUCCAGUUGGAGGGGAACACUUCAACAUCUUUGCUGCAGGUCUAAAAACUGCUGAUCGCAUCGUUACAGUUAGUCAUGGAUAUGCUUGGGAGCUAAAAACUUCCGAAGGUGGCUGGGGCCUACACCAAAUCAUAAACGAGAACGACUGGAAGCUACGUGGAAUCGUGAACGGGAUUGACACAAAAGAGUGGAGCCCCGAGGUGGACGUUCACCUGCAGUCAGACGGGUACGUUAACUACUCCAUCAACACCCUGCAGAGAGGUAAAUCUCAGUGCAAAGCAGCGCUGCAGAAGGAGCUCGGGUUGCCCAUACGUGAAGAUGUUCCGGUGAUUGGUUUCAUCGGGAGGCUCGACAAUCAGAAAGGCGUUGAUCUGAUAGCCGAAGCAGUGCCGUGGAUGAUGGGACAGGACGUGCAGCUGGUGAUGCUGGGCACUGGCAGGCACGACCUUGAAGAGCUGCUGAGGAGGUUCGAGAGAGAGCACAACGACAAGGUGAGAGGAUGGGUUGGUUUCUCCGUCAAGACCGCUCACCGGAUAACCGCCGGCGCGGACAUACUCCUGAUGCCAUCGAGGUUCGAGCCAUGUGGCCUGAAUCAGCUCUAUGCAAUGCGCUAUGGAACAAUCCCAGUCGUGCACGCUGUGGGCGGACUAAGGGACACCGUGACGCCCUUCAACCCGUUUGAGGAAUCGGGGCUCGGAUGGACCUUCUCCCGAGCAGAGAAAGACGAGCUGAUACACGCGCUGGGGAACUGUUUCUGGACCUAUCGCGAGUUCAAGGAGAGCUGGGAGGGGCUGCAGAAACGAGGCAUGUCGAAUGAUCUGAGCUGGGACAAUGCGGCGCAGAACUACGAGGAAGUUCUUGUUGCUGCCAAGUAUCAGUGGUGAGAUCUAUGCCCUAACUUGCCAUGCUUCUUAGUAUCUUUGCUUUGGAGUGGAUCUGUUCAACUGCACGACAUCAGCUGCAUCACUUUUUAUGAGUGUUUUUGAUGCAUCAAGUAGUUGUUUGAAGCAUGUCAUAUCAUCUAUUGAUAUGGUACAAUAGGAUAAGUAGGUGACAUUCAAAAUAAGCAUUUGUUAGGCUUCUCAAAGAGAAUACUUCCGUCUACUUCUUGUAAUCAUGGUGCUAUUAAGUGUUUUCUUUUACAGAA